CCAAAUUGUAAACUCAAUGUCAUUUAACUUCUAUUUUAAAACACAUUAAAAUACAUAGAAAUUAAUCAUUAUAUUACAGUAAAUAUUAUUUUUAUAACAAUACUAACAAUAACAAUUAAUUAGAAAUCCCCGUUUUUGAACGUUUAAUGUGAGCUGCGAUUUGUCCUACUUUGAUGACGGUUAUUGAACUCACCAUCAACGUUCUCCGACGCAAAGAGGGCUGUAUGGAUGUAUUUGGAUGUAUUUUCCCCCUUUUUCUAUCACCUCAUAUUUGCUCUCAAAUUCUGAUACUAUGUGGGAAUGCAUAAAGUCGAGAAAUCAAGCAAAAGUUUCUGAUCCAGGUUUGAUGAGGAUGAUGAUGAUGAUGAUGUGUCAUGGUGACACAGCCGUCUCUUAAAAGCAGACGGGUCAGGCUGUGGUCUCCAGCUCGUCAGAUCCCGUCUCGAGGAGCGUGAUCGUGGACAUUUCACUCUGUGGACGCGACGGACACGCAGACAUGACGUCACAGAGGCGAUGGACUCUUCAUCUUCAUCCUCUUCUGAUGACUUUCGCGGCAUAAGGAGCACCGUGCACGCAUCGUCCGGAAUACUGAGCGCGCGCGCGUGUGCUUGGCGGCCAGAGAGCAGCUGAAGUCAAGCAGGUUUCUUCCUCGCGCUGUGACAUCAUCGCAUCAUGCCUGAGGGGUCACGGCGGGGGAGUCCCAGAUCGUCCAGCAACGCAGGUGCCAAGCGUCCCUCCUCGGUGUCCUCGCUGAGUGGGAUUGUGGGUAGGAUGAUGUCCUCGGGCGAGCGAGGAGCCUCGUCCUCCUCGUGCACGUCCGUCAACACCGUCUGCUCCGACUGUGAGCGUCCCGCCUCGCUGUCCUUGUCCUCCUCCACCUCCUCGGUGUCCCUCCAGGAUGCCUCGCACUCCUCUUCCUCCUCGUCUUCCUCCUCGCUGCCGUACGGCGCCGUGCCCGCCUACACCCCAUCUUUGUCUUCAUCAUCAACACCCAAGAGGAACGGCUCUGACAUCAGCCUGGACCUCACCCCCCUCGUCACGCCGCACGAUGCAGGCGGAGGAGGCUGCGUUGCCAAGGUGAGCGGAGGCCACGACCCCGCCGGACAUCUGGCCAAUCCCGUGCCAGCGGCCUCAGAGCCCCCGCCCAGGCAGCUGUCGCGGCUGGAGAGAGUGGUGAUGGAGAUUGUGGAAACGGAGCAAGCGUACGUGAGAGAUCUGAAGAGCAUCGUGGAGGACUAUCUGGGCUGCAUCAUCGACUGCGGUGGUCUUCCUCUGGCACCGGAGCAGGUCAGCACGUUGUUCUGCAACAUUGAAGACAUCUACGAGUUCAACAGCGAACUUCUGGAAGACUUGGAAAGGAGUCCCCACGCCGCUGCCAUCGCUGACUGCUUUGUGGAAAGGAGUGAAGCGUUUGACAUCUACACGCUGUACUGCAUGAACUACCCCAAUUCUGUGGCGGUUCUGAGGGACUGCAUGAAGAACCAAAGCCUAGUCCGCUUCUUCCAGGAGAGACAGACAACUCUGAACCACUCCUUACCUCUGGAGACAUACCUACUCAAACCUGUGCAGCGCAUCCUCAAGUACCACCUCCUACUACAGGAACUUUCCAAACACUUGGACAAAAGCGAUCCAGGCUACGAGGUGGUGGAAGACGCCAUCAUCACCAUGACGGCGGUGGCUUGGUACAUCAACGACAUGAAGAGGAAACAGGAGCACGCCAUUCGCCUGCAGGAAAUCGAGUCCCUCCUGGUGAACUGGAGCGGUCCAGACCUGAGUGGCUUUGGUGAGUUGGUUCUGGAAGGUUCCUUUAAGGUGCACAGGGUGAAGAAGGAGCGAGCAUUCUUCUUGUUUGACAAGAUGCUGCUGAUCGCCAAAAAGCGCGUGGAGCAGUUUGUGUACAGCACCCACAUUUUUGUAAGUCCGGGGAAAUUCUACUUGACUGAUACGGAGAACCGUUCCCAGCUUUGUUGUCUUCCUCUACUGCAGUGUUGCAAUCUCCUCCUCGUUGACACGCUGAAGGAGCCUCUGUGUUUCCGAGUGUCCGACCAGAUGAUCCCCAAGCAACAGCACGUGGUCCAGACUAAGAACAUGGAGGAGAAGAGGCUGUGGGUGCACUACCUCAAGAAACUCAUUGUUGAAAACCAUCCGGCUUCUCUCCCUCUCAAGGCCAGACAGGUCCUCGGAGACAACUUCUGUCAGUCCCCACACCUGGACCAGGACCAUCUGACGAAAUCUUCUGCUUCUCCACAUUUGGACGACAUCCACACCUAUCACCGUGGCAGAAGGCAGUCAGAACCACCAGAACUGCCAAUGUACACACCUGAGAAAAGCAGGAAGGGCCUGCCGCUGCUGCUGGAGGGAAAUCUGCCUUACAGACGCAGCAGGAGGCAGUCAGCUCCAGCAAAAGACAUCGAAGCAGCGUUUCAUCCGCAUGGUGAGCAAGUUCCUGUAAAGCAACCAAGUGCCUACCAUAUGUCAAAACACACACACACAUAUAUAUAUAAUAUACAUAUAUGUGUAUAUAUAUAUAAUAUAGUAUAUAUAUAUGUAUGUAUGACUCAUACGACCCAUCUCGGUCUGAGGCACUAAUGAUUAUUAGGCACCUUUAAUUAUUAAGGUGUGCCUCAGAUAACAUCUCAGUGUGGAAAUGAACGAGAGCAGUACUUUUACUAGAAUAAUGCCAAAAUAUCAUGAAAAGAAAGUUAUAAUAAUAAUAAUACGUAAUAAUUAUUACAAUAAUAAUCAAUACGGAUCACAUACAUGCAGUGUAAAUGUUUAAAUGUACUACAGGCUA